AGCCUAAGGCGCCGGGGCGCGGGCGAGCGGGUGGGCCGGGGCAGGGCGGGCAUGGCGUGGACCCCGGGCCCGGCCCCGUUGUGUCCCGGAGGCGGCAAAGCACAACUUUCCUCGGCUUCAUCUCCCGCGGCCGGGCUGCUGCUGGCUGCCGGCCCGACGCCGCCGCCGCUGCUGCUGCUGCUCAUUCCCCUGCUGCUCUUCUCCCGGCUCUGUGGUGCCUUAGCUGGAUCAAUUAUCGUGGAGCCACAUGUCACAGCAGUGUGGGGAAAGAAUGUUUCAUUGAAGUGUCUAAUUGAAGUGAAUGAAACCAUAACACAGAUUUCCUGGGAGAAGAUACAUGGCAAAAGUACACAGACUGUUGCAGUUCAUCAUCCUCAGUACGGGUUCUCUGUUCAAGGAGACUAUCAGGGAAGGAUCUUGUUUAAAAACUAUUCACUUCAUGAUGCAACGAUUACUCUGCAUAACAUAGGCUUCUCAGAUUCUGGGAAAUACAUAUGCAAAGCUGUUACAUUCCCACUUGGAAAUGCCCAGUCCUCUACAACUGUGACUGUGUUAGUUGAACCUACGGUGAGCCUGAUCAAAGGGCCAGAUUCUUUAAUUGAUGGAGGAAAUGAAACAGUAGCAGCCAUUUGUAUAGCAGCCACUGGCAAGCCAGUCGCACAUAUUGACUGGGAAGGUGAUCUUGGUGAAAUGGAAUCUACUACAACUUCCUUUCCCAAUGAAACAGCAACAAUUGUCAGCCAGUACAAGCUGUUUCCCACGAGAUUUGCUAGAGGAAGGCGAAUUACUUGUGUCGUAAAACAUCCAGCCUUAGAAAAGGACAUCCGAUACUCUUUCAUACUAGACAUACAGUAUGCUCCUGAAGUUUCAGUUACAGGAUAUGAUGGAAAUUGGUUUGUGGGAAGAAAAGGUGUUAACCUCAAGUGCAAUGCUGAUGCUAAUCCUCCACCCUUCAAGUCCGUGUGGAGCAGGUUGGAUGGACAGUGGCCUGAUGGUUUAUUGGCUUCUGACAAUACUCUUCAUUUUGUCCAUCCACUGACUUUCAAUUAUUCUGGCGUUUAUGUCUGUAAAGUGACAAAUUCCCUUGGUCAAAGAAGUGAUCAAAAGAUCAUCUACAUUUCAGACAUCCCACUUAAGCAGACCUCAUCCAUAGCAGUGGCUGGAGCUGUGAUUGGAGCUGUCCUGGCGCUCUUCAUCAUCGCUGUCUUUGUGACUGUACUGCUAACACCGCGGAAGAAGAGACCAUCAUAUCUUGACAAAGUAAUCGACCUUCCACCUACACAGAAGCCACCCCCUGUGUAUGAAGAACGAGUUCCUCCUCUGCCUCAGAAAGGCCUUCUGUGUCAGACUGAACACUUGCCUUUGCAGACUCAGUUCAAAGAGAAAGGCGCUGGUGGUCUUCAGUCCUCUAAUGGACUAAAUAGCAGGAGAUUUGACUAUGAAGAUGAGAACACAGUACAAGAGGAUGGGGCUCAGGAGAUGUACCCCCUCUACAACCAGAUGUGUUACCAAGACCGAAGCCCCCACAAACAUCACUCAAGCAACCCCGAGAGACUCUACAUCAACCCACGAGAACAUUAUGUGUGAUUUUCCUCUUGUUGUAACGGGUGUUCUAACAAAUGUUUAUUCCUAGACUUGAGAGAGAAACUGAGGCAUCUAAACAAUUUCAGUCUGGGUCGGAACUCUUGAUGGAUGACUCUGAGCUAAUAGUGGUUUUCUUAACUUCAUUAAGGGUUUCUUAACCACCAGCUGUGUUUGCGAACUUGCCUGUAGCUUUGCAUCUCUGUAGCUCUAGUGUUUAACUGCUAACACUUGGCCUACAAUGGCGUGUUCAUUUGAAAUCACGGCAUCUGCCUGUGAUGACUGCAGGCAAAGGCCCCAGCUGCUGGCAGCCACUCGGCUCGGGUCUCAGGCAGUGCUCGGCUGUAAUUUAAACAGGUGGGAAACUCCGAGCUCCAAAUCCAGUUCACUAAUUAUUAAGCUGGGAUUUAGAUUUCCCCAGCAUCUCAGUGCGAUUACAAUAGCUGUGUCCAGAGGCCGAGGGAAGAGGCGGGCUCUCCUCUCUCCAAACAAUAUAACAAAAGCAGUGAGAGCCUCCAGGCCUCUGGGUGCUUGUGAAGUAGUAUUAGUGCAGAGUGUCCUUCCUGGCCCUGGGCUCCAGGGGCUCCACAGGGCCCUCUGCCUUCUGUCCCCUCGUGACUAGCACUGCUACAGAGUCUUCUCCUUUGUCCUUGGAGCCAUGCCUGUUUUCCCACCUAUUAAUCCUAAAAUCCCUGCCAAACGGGCUGCAGUCCUCUUAGUCUUGCUCUUUUCUUCUGAACCUGACACGCUCACCUUUCACCACUCCUGUUGAUUUCACACCGGUCUCCCUCCACACAGGCUUCAGCUAGCUCCUCUUCUGCACUCUUUCCUUUUCUUCCAUGUCUUAUCUACCUCAAGAAACAGAAAGCCUGCUGAAGGUCACCCUGAAAUGACUCCCACUCUUAAAAGCCAGGUGGAAAACUGAAAAACUGUUUUUUGUAGAGCUACUUCAACAUGACGUGUUUGCUAAAUCUGCAUGUUCUCUAUUCCUCCUCCCCACAUCACCUGGUGAACAAGCCUCUAGAGAUCGUACAAAGUGAAUAAUACAGUAGCCUCUGCCUAGGUAAAUGGCUACACCGCGAUGCUGUAAUACCUGCUCAUGUCUGCCCGGAGUCCUGCCAUCUCCCUCUGCCAGCUGUCUAUCACUGAGACUGACAAUGGUCACAGAAAGAAACUUAGAGGCCAAAGGAUCAUGGGCACAUCUUAAGGAUAAUGUCGCUUUACUGUGUAUCCUGGAUGAUCAGAGCAUGUCACAGGCAUUAAAAAAUAAAAUACUAUGUACGUGUUAAUAUUAAGAAAGACUGGUAUCAACAUCAAAAUAAAUAGUAUACACAUCCAUCCUAAACUACAAGAGGAAAUGAGAACAUUACCAGAUUUAUAGUGAAAUACCAAAGAUAUUUUAUUCAUGCCACACUCGGCCUUGGUUCUCCAUAGCUUCUUUUUGUUGUUUGUCAGGCUUUGUGAGAUAAGCCAUAAUGGUUGUUCUGCUGUAGUAAUAUACACACCCAGCCCACUCCCCGUUAUCAGCAGUUCAAGGAGUAACAAUACUCAAAUUGCAUCUUACAUCUUGGUUUAGGAUUGGUGCUUUUAGAGGUCAUGGCUCCAAAGCACCUAGAGUUCCACUGGUGUUCUCUGCUCCAUCACUGUGCUACUCUGGGUUUAGUUUACUGCCUUUAUAGCAAAGAUGAUGGUCAGCUUCAUAGCUCAGAUGCCAUUAGGAAGUCAGUGUAACUACAGCUACAGGGUUCCUUGUGACUGUCCUCCAGUAGUCAGAUAGUAUAGUACUAAGAGUUUUCUUUGGCAGUGAAGCAUUUCAUUAGCCCUCGAUGUUAGGGGCCAGAUUGUAGAGCACCCCUCCUUUAGAAGGCUUUAAAUAUCUUAACACUAAGGAGAGUUGCUAGAGUCCUGCUGGGUGGCAGGUCAUAGAGUCGUCUUCACAGAAGCACACAGUGGACCCAGGGAGAGGGAGGGAUGUCCUCCUUUGUGCCAGAGAAAAUGAUAUGGAAACCUUUUGUCCUCUGCUUAGCAUCCUCCCAGGAGGAACCCACUGUCUACCUUUCAACAAUUCUUAGGAUUGUUAGGAAAAAGUUAUUUUAGGGUGUGGGUAUUCUCAUGCAGCCAGCCAGUUCACUGUCAUCUGUGCCUUUCUGUCAGCUAAGGAAUUUCCUAGACAAACUGCUAUAUUUGAUAGUUGUUGGCCCCAGACAGGGGUCACAUAAGCUUCAUAAUAGUUUAUUCUAGUGUCUCCUGUCUGUUUUCUAUUAAAAAAAAAAAGAAAGAAAGAAAGAAAAGAAGGCCAGAUACUGAACAGGUUUAAAAGGGGUUGAUGAACCAGUCCCCUCAACCAAAAAAUGCCAUCCAAAAUUAGUCUGCUGAUCUCUGAGUUUGGAGCCUAGACUACUUAAUGGUGCCAUUUAAAUUUGGAAGUUAGACUUUAAAGGUCAGUAUGUGAGGCUGAGGGACAUAUUCACAGCUGGCCAUGCUCUGCCCAUAACUGUUUUGUUAAAGUUCACUGAGAAGUAAAUUCAUAUGGCAUUUUUCCAUGUACUGCUUCCACUGCAUUCCAAGGAGGCAGGGGUACAUGCUCACCCUCACCACAGCCUCCAUUGCCUAUUUUACCUGCUGGCGUUGUGGCUACAGUAGCAGAUCAUCAGAUUCUUUGCAUCUCAUUACAGUUGAGUGUCUAGACUGGCUAGGAGCAGCCUGACUUAACAAAAUAAGAAUGCAAACAAACAACCGUGAUUCAUUACAUCUUCUAUGAGAGUUCCCCUUAUGCCUGGUGUUUUGUAUGCUCUAAAUUUGAAGACAUCUCUGUGCUCUAAAGAGUAUAUGAAGCUCUUAACUGUGCUAGACACAUGUAUAACAGGUACACAAGUACAUACAUACACACACACGCGCGCACGCACACACACACACACACACACACACACACACACACACGCACGCACACACGCACAUGACUGAAGAAAUGCCCAGUAAGUGACCAGGUUCUCAUCAUCAUCAUUAUUAUUUUCUAUGUCCUAUUCACUCAUAGAAACGGAACCAAGCCCUUUACCCUGAGUUGUCUUUUGUAGAAAUCUAAAUUUCACAGAAGAUUAUCUGUUACUGGUCAUCUUUUCUUGCAUUCACUUGCCUCCUGGUGCUAUCCUUAUUAUACUCUUAAGGCCUACCUUGGAAUUAGAGAAUCCCCCAUUGUUUUAAGACUCAAUAGGAUGGGUCUAUACCCAGCUUUCCCCCUAGCUGUAAAAACUUAGGAAAAUAAACUGUGUAGGGUAUCAGCUGUUCCCACCCAUAAAACAGAGACCUUCCCUGUCAACUCUCAGAACUGUGCUAAGAAUUAAACUAGGAAACAGCGGAUAAGAAAUUGUAAGCUUUCAGAAGCACCUAUACUCCCCUGUUGCAUUUUGAACUUUCAAUGCCCAGUGUCUUUGCCCGUAUUUAGAGUACUGCAAGGUCCUCGCGAGAGUCAUCCAGCAGUGUGGAAAUUGCAGUUUGGUCUAGUUUGUAUAUAACCAAUUGCAAAUUCAAACAUUCCCUUUAUUAUAAUAAACAUGUAUCCCAUAAAA